AAGAUUCUCUGUGUUUUCUGGAUGCUUUCUAAGGCUGCUUCACAUUUUGUUUAAGAGCAGUGUCUGCUGGUAGCAAAUGUUGAAUGCUGAGCUUUGCAUGUCAAAGGGAUCUUUAUAAUUGCCAUAUCAAAAUGGAUUUACAAGCCUCUCUCCUUUUUCUGAAAACAGAAUAUAUCAGCACACACCUGUAGAGUGAAGCUGGCCUUCUGGAAAGAAAUUCUAUGAAUUAGCAGCUAACCUGCAGAACAGGAAAAGAAGAUUUUUCUCUUCUCAGUAUGCACAACAAGAAUGCACUGGGAAAAUGAACAGUAGAAAGCAGCAGUGAAAUAAAGGACAACUAUCUAAUGAACUGUCGUCUUGCAUUCAUGCAGUCCAGCUCAAGCAGCAUCUGCAAGCUUGACAAGUUAUUUCAUUCAGAAGUCUAGAUACCCAUUUGCUGGCCUCAAGUAAUGCAACAUAUUUAUAUAUUUUGAGAAUUAACAUGACAACCAGCAGCCGCACAUGUCCAGUACCAACAGUGAAUGGACAUAUGAAUCACUAUCCAACAGCCCCAUAUCCACUACUUUUUCCUCCAGUCAUUGGUGGACUGUCACUUCCUUCCCUUCAUGGACUUCAGAGUCACCCACCAACAAGUGGAUGCAGCACUCCAUCCCCUGCAACAGUUGAAACUCAGAGCACCAGUUCUGAGGAACUUGUUCCAAGCCCACCGUCUCCACUUCCUCCCCCACGUGUUUACAAGCCGUGUUUUGUCUGUCAAGACAAGUCAUCUGGAUAUCACUAUGGCGUCAGUGCUUGUGAGGGAUGUAAGGGUUUUUUCCGAAGAAGUAUUCAGAAGAACAUGGUUUACACAUGUCAUAGAGAUAAAAACUGUGUUAUUAAUAAAGUCACUAGAAAUCGCUGCCAGUACUGCAGACUACAAAAGUGCUUUGAAGUGGGAAUGUCCAAAGAAUCUGUCAGAAAUGACAGGAACAAAAAGAAGAAGGAGCCUUCAAAGCAGGAGUCCACAGAACACUAUGAAAUGACAGCAGAGUUGGAUGAUCUCACUGAGAAAAUCCGGAAAGCGCACCAGGAAACCUUCCCUUCACUGUGCCAGCUGGGAAAAUACACUACGAACUCUAGCGCAGAACAUCGGGUUCGACUGGACCUUGGGCUUUGGGACAAAUUCAGCGAACUGGCUACAAAGUGCAUUAUUAAAAUAGUGGAAUUUGCAAAACGACUGCCUGGCUUUACAAGCUUGACCAUUGCAGACCAAAUAACUCUCCUUAAAGCAGCCUGCCUGGACAUAUUGAUCCUUAGAAUUUGCACAAGAUACACCCCAGAGCAGGACACGAUGACAUUUUCUGAUGGCCUUACCCUAAACCGAACUCAGAUGCACAAUGCUGGAUUUGGUCCAUUAACUGACCUUGUGUUCACAUUUGCCAAUCAGCUCCUGCCUUUGGAAAUGGAUGACACAGAAACAGGCCUACUUAGUGCCAUCUGCUUAAUCUGUGGAGACCGCCAGGACCUUGAAGAACCAGCAAAAGUAGAUAAACUACAAGAACCGUUGCUGGAAGCAUUGAAAAUUUACAUCCGAAAGAGACGACCCAACAAGCCUCACAUGUUUCCAAAGAUCCUAAUGAAAAUCACAGAUCUUCGCAGUAUCAGUGCAAAAGGGGCAGAACGUGUGAUUACACUGAAAAUGGAAAUCCCUGGAUCAAUGCCUCCUCUCAUUCAGGAAAUGUUGGAGAACUCUGAGGGACAUGAACCACUGACACCAAGCUCAAGUGGAAACACAGCAGAGCACAGUCCUAGCAUCUCACCUAGCUCAGUGGAUAACAGCAAUGUCAGUCAAUCUCCAAUGGUGCAAUAAGACAAUUUCCAGCUACUUCAGACAUUUCUAAUACCUUAUGUACAGGGAUGAAAAGCAAGAAAAACAUUUUUACUGCUGCUUAGUUUCCAGACUUAUAUAUAACACUCAACAAGGACCAAGAAGUUUUCAUAUGUAUCGAUAUAUACUCCUUGCUGUUUAAACUCUUAACUAGAAAAACACAAACUUUUGAAACUCUAAAUCAGCCAUCUCAUGCAACAAGAAACUAGUUAAGCUUCUGUUUGCUUCUAAACAUUCAAGAUUGCAUGGUGACAAGACAGUUCUCAAACUUUAAAUUCUGGUUACAUUUCUGAUGACUUUGUACAUACAAAUAUAUGGCUCUACUUUCUAUACUGGAUGUUUGGUGCUUUCCUUUUGUCUUGCAUACAUAAAAUGAUCAAGACAUCAAGCUUAUAAAAUGGACUGCUGUACAUGUCCAGAUAAAGUUUAAAAAGACAUUCUGAUUUAGUUAGUAUGAAAACUUAUCAUUGAACUUUCUGAUGCCCUCAGUUUGCAUCUCCUUUCUUGCUAAAAAAAAUGUAUACAAAAAUUCACUGCACUAACAGAAGGGACUUCUGUAUCAGUGUAACUGCCAGCUCAGUUAUUCAGAUGUCAUUUGUUCCACUGUUAUGUCACUUUAAAUUUCAAGGUUUAUUACCUGGUUGACAUAUCUACACAUUUUUAAAAAGCCCUACGCUUUUACAGUAAAGAUAGCCUCCAAGGCAGAAACACUUUUCAGUGUUACCAUGUUUUUGUUUACUUGUUCACAAGCCAUUAGGGAAACUUCAUGGGAUUACCUGCAGACUCAUUCACUACUUCUGAACUGGUGAGUGCAGUGUAUUUCCUUAAGACUCUGAUACCAGGAGUAGGGUGCCUGGUACCACAACUAGGACUUCCAGAAACACAGGAAAAGAAUCUGCCUUUUUGACCUUGUUAAAUCACCAUGAAGCAGAGUGAAAACUGUGGUAGAAUGGUUAACAUUAAAAGUGUCAGUUUCUUAGGUUUCAUUUAAAGCACUAGUGGAUUUUUUUUAUAUAUUCUAGCAAAUCUGUGAUGUACUUUCACUGGCUCUGUUUGUACAUUGAGAUUGUUUAACAAUGCUUUCUAUGUUCAUAUACUGUUUACCUUUUUUCCAUGGAGUCUCCUGGCAAAGAAUAAAAUAUAUUUAUUUUAAAA